GGAGACGGACAAGUUCCGCGGCUUCCACUGUUGUAGUUGACGCGCUAACGACGAACGGCCGCGACAGAUGAAGAAAUCCGCGCUCCCUCUGUUUUGUCGCAUGUUUGGUGACGUGCAAUAAUCGACUCGCUGUGAAGUCUCCGAGGCUGAGGCCUUAAGACUUUUUAAACAUUUUGUCAACGCCCGCUCGUGAAAAAUCGCGUGUGGAUGCUCAGCCUCUGGUGCCCGUUUUGACCGGGUGUAAACCAAUGAAGCACUCGGCCCCGUGAACGAAGCAGCGACGGACGCAAACGUUAGCCAGCUAGUUAAAGCUACCGCUAGCUGCCAGCGAGGAAGUGAGGAGCGGAAAAAAAUGACAUCUCGGAGGUGGUUUCAUCCCAACAUCACAGGUGUGGAGGCUGAAAACCUCCUGCUCACACGUGGGGUUGACGGGAGUUUUUUAGCCCGGCCCAGUAAGAGUAACCCAGGAGACUUCACCCUGUCAGUACGACGAAAUGGAGCCGUCACUCAUAUUAAGAUCCAGAACACAGGAGACUACUACGACCUUUAUGGUGGAGAGAAGUUUGCCACUCUGGCUGAACUGGUGCAGUAUUAUAUGGAACAUCAUGGACAACUGAAGGAGAAAAAUGGAGACGUCAUUGAGCUCAAGUAUCCACUCAACUGUGCGGAUCCCACCUCAGAAAGAUGGUUCCACGGACACUUGUCGGGCAGGGAGGCCGAGAAGCUGCUGACAGAGAAAGGGAAGAAUGGCAGCUUCCUGGUGAGAGAGAGUCAGAGUCAUCCUGGAGACUUUGUCCUGUCUGUUCGUACAGGAGACGAUAAGACGGACAGCAGUGACAGCAAACCCAAAGUAACUCAUGUCAUGAUCCGCUGCCAGCAUGACCUUAAGUACGAUGUGGGUGGAGGCGAGAAGUUUGACUCCCUCACUGACUUGGUAGAGCACUACAAAAAGAACCCUAUGGUGGAAACUCUGGGCACUGUGCUUCAGCUCAAACAGCCUCUGAACACGACUCGCAUUAACGCAGCAGAGAUUGAAAGUCGAGUUCGGGAGCUGAGCAAACUUGCAGAGGCCACAGAUAAAGUCAAACAGGGCUUCUGGGAGGAAUUUGAGACCUUGCAGCAACAAGAGUGCAAGCUGCUCUACAGUCGCAAAGAGGGCCAGAGAGCUGAGAACAAAAACAAGAACAGAUACAAGAACAUUCUGCCAUUCGACCACACACGCGUGGUGCUGAAUGAUGGGGACAUGAACGAGCCAGGCUCAGACUACAUCAACGCCAAUAUCAUCAUGGUAGUAUCUGCUGUCAUGCCUGAGCUUGACCCAAAGUGUAACAGUACCAAGGUGAAGAAGAGCUACAUUGCCACUCAGGGCUGCUUGCAAAACACCAUCAGUGACUUCUGGAGGAUGGUGUUUCAGGAAAACUCUCGAGUCAUCGUCAUGACCACCAAAGAGGUGGAGAGAGGAAAGAGUAAAUGUGUGAAGUACUGGCCAGACGUGUCGGCGCUGAAGGAGUACGGUGCCAUGCGUGUUCGCAAUGUCAGAGAAACGGCAGCACACGACUACAUCUUAAGAGAGCUCAAACUGUCUAAAGUUGGACAGGGAAACACAGAGCGUACAGUUUGGCAGUAUCACUUCAGGGCCUGGCCGGACCACGGCGUCCCCACUGAUCCUGGUGGUGUACUCGACUUCCUGGAGGAAGUCAACCUGAAGCAGGAGAGCAUACUGGACGCUGGGCCUAUAGCGGUACACUGCAGUGCAGGGAUCGGGCGGACGGGAACGUUUAUAGUGAUCGACAUCCUGAUAGAUGUGAUCAGAGAAAAAGGGGUGGACUGUGACAUUGACGUGCCAAAGACCAUCCAGAUGGUUCGUUCCCAGCGCUCUGGGAUGGUGCAGACUGAGGCGCAGUACAGGUUCAUCUACAUGGCUGUACAGCAUUACAUAGAAACACUGCAGAGACGCAUAGAGGAGGAACAGAAAAGUAAGAUUAAAGGGCGCGAGUACACAAACAUCAAGUACUCCAUGUCUGACCUGACUGGAGGAGAGCAGAGCCCUUUGCCUCCGUGCACUCCUAUUCCUACUCCCACCUGCACAGAGCUGAGGGACGACAGCUCCAGAGUGUAUGAGAACGUGGGUCUGAUGCAGCAGCAAAAGAGCUACAGAUGAGAUUCACCUUUGACCCCAUUGCUCAGUUCCAGGAUCUUGAUACAGUUUAUUGGCCAGCCACACACCAUGACGCCUGAGACUUGACCGUAAGGACAUGGAACAGUGGAAACACACACACACACACACACACACACGAGAGAGACUAGACUCCGGGUUCUCCUGUUCUCGCUCAUCUUCCAUGAACAUUUGCCCUCGAGUUUGAAUUGUAAACCACUGUGAUGCUCAGAGGAGCCUCUGAGAAGCCUAACACACUAAAUCCCCGUCUAAACCACAGUCUGGAGUUUAGCCUUUGUAGAUCUCACUUCAACAAGGGCUGCACACAGUGAGCGCUCUCCUCUCUCCUCUCUCCUCUCUCCUCUCUCCUCUCUCCUCUCUCCUCUCUCCUCUCCUCUCCUCUCCUCUCCCCUCUCUCCUCUCUCCUCUCUCCUCUCUCCUCAGAAGGAGAAAAAGCAGCUCGUCUUUGCUGAUCUCUUUAUAUUUUCUCUUCUUUAUUUUUUUAAUUAACCAAAGGAAAGUUUGAUUGUGUUGCGCGUGGAGGGAAGUGAGGAGUUUGAAAAGGUCUGUGUUCCACUCACACAUUUUCUUCACAUUUCUCAGCCAAUCAAAAGUCUGUUUUUACCCGAUAAGCCUUCAUAUCCAGUGGGAUACGAGACAAAGCUGGGGCAAAGAUUUCCAGUGUAUCUGAAUGAAGAAGUAUUGUCAUCGUUGUAGUGUAACGUCACGUCUGACUUUUUAAGCAUUCAUUAUUUGUUUUUGUGCCAGAGCCGCCUUGAAGAGAAAUAUAGAUUUAGGCUGUUCAGGGUGUCACUUAACUUCUUACUUUUCUUCUUUUUUUUGUUUUUUUUUACUUCACAUGGGUUAAACAUGCUUUUGUUGUUUGGGAUACACUCUGUCUGUCUGUCUGUCUGUCUGUCUGUCUGUUAACCAUUCCUGAGCUCAAGCCUGAAGUCCUUAAUGCUGCACUUUUAUUUAGCAGCGUAACAGUUACAGUCGAGCUUUGAUUCACCUGCUGGAUUAAUGAAUAAUCUGUAAUCUGGUGUUAUUACAGGAGUUUGGGGAGUGUUUGAUUUCCGCCCUCCACCUUUAAUACCUGCACUUCUAUGUCAGAGUCGGUGUGAUGACUUGUUCAAAUUUCAGGGGUCUAUUGUUGUAAAUCUCAGUUGCAGGCGUCACCGCAGACUCAUGACUGCCAGAAUAACUUUUGUUUUUAACUUUGUUUAUUUUUUUUUUAAAGUGCAUAUUACUUUUUUCAUUCUUUCUCGUUCUUUUUAAAGAAAAUUGCCUUUUGUGUACCAUUGCCUAUUUCAAGCACCACAUGUACUUAAGUUUAAGAGUCACUGUUUAAAAGAAAAAAAUCACGCAUCUCUUAACUGCGGCAGGACUGACGGCCAUUGUUGUUGGGCCUGUCAAUCACACGCACACGCUCACACGUAUGUUCUUGGUUUCUGUUUGGAUGAAUCAAACCAUUUAAAGGAGCAGUGUAACAUUUUGGGAAAUUCCCUCGUUCAGACAUGACUCUCAUGUGUUUGCUAAGUAUGAAGUGAGCCAGCUGGUUAGCUUAGCACAAAGAGGGCGUGACUCUGGAACUAUUUUCAUUAUUUCUGUAAAGAUUAAACAUAAAAAGAUAGAAUGUGUUGACAGACGGUGGGUGAUUGACACGACUGUCUAAGCAUGAGGCCACGCCCAGCAACUGAUUAGUAUAGCAGUUCAUUAAGAAGCACAAAAGAUGGGAACUUUGUCCAACCAAUGAUGUAAUCCACUCACCAGCACGUCCACAGCUCAGUAAAUUUGUUUAAUCUUAAACAAAUGACACAUACACAUAUAAAACAUGUCGUCCAAAAAGUGUUAACACAUUUGAAACGAGGUCUUCUCUGUUUGCUUGCUAAGUGUGGCUAACGGAUAGAUUAUAGCAGGGAAGUACAGGAAGUAGAAAUCCCAGUGGCAGUGAAAAGCUACAUUAGCCACUGUUGUGGAGCGUUGAUGAUGCUUAUGUGUGUGUUCAGAUGGGUUCAGCCCUACACAACAACAGCAUUACUUCCCUUUCUAAAACACUGCAACACUACAUUGUGACAACACUCAGCAGGAAGUCACUGGAAUGACAUCAUUUGUACUUUAUACUUUAAUGAAUGUGUUCACAGAAUUUGUUUUCAAAGACGAUGGAGACUAUGAUUGUCUUCACUGCUACACUGUUGCCCACCAGCUCUGACUGAGAGUGACUUCCCAACAUGUUAACUGUUUCUUUAACUUUCUCGGUCAGUUUGGGUAUUUUAAAAACCACGGAUCAUCGCUCUGUGAAGUAUUCUCACUUGUCGAGCCGCUUCAGUUUGUGCACAGUUGCUUUUACCAUGACUCGCCUUGAGAAACCGCAGUCUUGUGAUUGGACGUACUGUAACAGCGCUGACGCAAAAUCUCAGUCCAGAAAGAAAUGAAAAAGGGAAGAAGUGGCUCUUUGUGCCUUUGAGGGGACACUUCUCUACUGCCACUGAUUCAGGAUUGAACAGCUUCUUUCUCUGUAACACUAAUCAUCAUGAAAUCAGUGUUUUUCUUUUCCUGGGGCGACUCUGACUCUUUGAGCUGCUGCUGCUGCUGCUGCUGCUUCUGCUGCAGCUUCAUCUUCAUCCACUGACUGAGUUCAUGAGAUCUUCAGUGUGGUGUUCUGAAUGCAGUUUUCCUGUUGAACACAUGAGUUUGUACUCGUCUUAUGUUUAGUGGAGUGCAGUUUUCGUGUCCUGUGGCGUGUGUGUGAAUGUGCAGUGAGAGUGGGGCUUCCUUAUCGGCCAUAAGUUCUUCAAUACAGUUUUUUUUUUUUUCCUCUUCAGAUGAUCAAACUGCUCUUAAUUUAGAUGCAUAGAUGUGCCUUCUAUGCAUCUGCCUGUGUAUCUGUGAUGGUAUAACAAAACAAAACAGUGCUCUUUAGUUCCCAGCGCCAUUCAAGAACGUGUAACACUUAAAUGUGAAUUCUUUUCAUCCUGAACAUCCCGAACAAAAAGGAUAAAAAACAAACCGGUGAUCGCGAUGCAAACAAACUAUAUAUUUUUUAACAUGUAUAUUGUACAUGAUUUCCAGGUAGAGGAGAAUGUACUUACUAAAACAUAUCUACUUGCCAAUAAAGAUAUACUGUAUGUAUAUUCCUACAGCUCUCACAGCUUCAGAGGUUUAUUGUAUGACUUUCCAUGCAGUUAACCGUGUUAACUUCCUCAAUAACAAUAAAUGGCUCGCACAUGCCUCUUUCA